GCUAAUAUGUCAAACACAAGGUUAAGCACGCUAAAAUCUUAAUGAAUGAAGUGGAAAAGGUAAUCAAAUCAAAUGGUUUGAUUGGUGUACUAACCCGUUUCGGGUAUGGUUGUAUCUUUCUUCCAGCCAUUAGCUAGCUUAAUUUCUCUAAUAAAAGCUUUUUUGUUGUUCAAAAAAAAUGUCAAACACAAACAUUUGCCAUUUUAUAUAUUUUGUUAGAUUAUUAUUCAAAAGCUAAACUAAAAAAAUUAGUUUUUAAGCUAUUCAGUCAAAGAUAAAAAGUAUUAUUGGCUUAGUUAUGAUUUUAGAAGUUCAGUGACCAAAUUAUAAUUAGCCAAAAGUAAUUUACCUUUUAAAAAAUAAUUAGUUUUAUACUCUAAAAUUUGAACUUUUUAGAGGAUAUGAACAACUGUGCAAUCCGUAUUUAUAGGUUGUUAUCUUGUUAUUAAAAGGAUAAAUUAAUGGAUAAUUUGUAAAUUUAAACUUAGUCAUACUACUAUUUUUGGGAGACUAAGAAGUUAUCCGAUUAAAGUAGAACUAGAUAGGCGCUUAUAAAUACCUAUUUCAUUUCCAUGCUGUGGUGAAUUCAUACAUCAUAAUCAUUCUCAUCUUUUCUGAAUCUUUUUCGUUUGGAUUUCAAAUAUGGUGAUGAGUAAUGAGAGGAUACGGACGAUUGUUGGACUCAUUGGGAAUGUCAUCUCUUUCGGCCUGUUUAUCUCUCCCUCGCCAACGAUAUGGAGAAUCUUUAAGAACAAAACAGUAGAAGAAUUCUCACCAGACCCUUACAUAGCUUGUGUAAUGAACUGUUUGCUAUGGAUUUUCUAUGGCUUACCUAUCAAUCAUCCAGAUAGCACUCUUGUCAUCACCAUUAACGCUACUGGUCUAAUAUUGGAGCUCAUCUAUCUAAGCUCAUUCAUCAUUUAUGGUAAAAGUGCACAUAGGAAAAAGAUCUUUAGCUGGUUAGCUGCGGAGCUUGUUGUUCUUGGUGCAAUUGCAGGUUUUGAUUUGGGAUUCUUUCAUACUCAUGAUAAGAGAUCAACCUUCGUUGGGAUUUUUUGUGUGGUGUUUGGUAUCCUCAUGUACACUUCCCCUCUAACUAUCAUGUGGAAAGUAAUAACAACAAAGAGUGUCGAAUACAUGCCAUUCUAUCUUUCAUUAGCUGCGUUCUUGAACGGUUGUUGCUGGACGACUUAUGCUCUUCUCAAAUGGGAUUGGUUCAUUCUGAUUGCGAAUGGUACUGGGGCUCUUUCGGGGUUUGCACAACUUAUUUUAUAUGCAUGUUUCUACCGAACAACUCCGAAGAAGAAUAGCAAAAGGCCGGAGUCUGAAGUUCAAAUGGCUUGAAAUGAGGACCUUUCGUACCCUUUUGAUAUAAUGUGAAUUCAGAUUUGGAUUUGUAGA